CCGCCCGCCCCCCGCCCCACCGCCCGCCCGGCGCACCCAGGCCUGACCCACCCGCUCCAGCCCCCCCCAGCUCCAUGGCGAGGACGGACCCCUGACGGCAGGCGCGCCCGCGGGCCAGAGGAGACGGCGCCGGGCACGGGCCCGGGGAGAUGCCCUCGGCGGCCCUGACAGCAUCGGGUCCUCCCUGACCCUGCCGCCGCCCUGAGCAUCCCGUCCCCCAUCCCGAGGGCAGGGAGAGGCGGGGGCCUCCCCCCCGGGGCCGGCUGCCAAGAUGGUGAUGUCCCAGGGCACCUACACCUUCCUCACCUGCUUCGCGGGCUUCUGGCUCAUCUGGGGCCUCAUCGUGCUGCUGUGCUGCUUCUGCAGCUACCUGCGGCGGCGGGUGAAGCGGCAGCAGGAGGAGCGGCUGCGGGAGCAGAGCCUGCGCGCGCUGGAGAUGGAGCCACUGCACUACGAGGGUUACGGGGGCAGCCCCCCCGGCAUCGCCAUUCCCCACCGCCUCCGCCUCGAGCCCCACCAUCACCAUCAUCACCCCCACCACAUCCCACCCCCCCGGCCCUGGAGCUGCCGGCACGGGGUCCGGGGGGGGCUUUGCCUUGCAGAGUCGGACCUGUCAAAGCCGCCGUGCUAUGAGGAGGCACUGCUGAUGGCAGAGCCCCCCCCGCCGUACAGCGAGGUGCUGAUGGACACGCGGGGGCUCUACCGCAAAAUCAACGCCCCUUUCCUGAGCCAUGAGCGGCUGGAGAAGCAGGAGCAGCCUCCCAGCUACAAACCCCUUUUCCUGGACGCCGGCUACGGUUCAGCGCUGCACCUGCCCCGCUCAGCCAGCCCCGGCCCUGCCUGCCCGGACCUCUACCUGCAGCAGGAGUGCUCCCCACGCAUGUUUCCCAGCUGGACGGACUCGGAGCUCAGCAGCAGGGACACCUACGAGACGGGACCCUGGCACCUCCCGGUCUCCAUGCCCCUCUUCGGCAGGACUACCGCUGUCUAACAGCGGCCACGGGGGACGCCCGGACCUUGCCAUGCACCUGGGGGGGGGUGGGGGGGUUUCGGUUGCUCGUGUCACCCCAGGGACACCCGCCCCGGCGCGGGCCAUCGCCGCCGGCGCGGAAGGGGCUGGUUCCCCGUCUGGCCCCUGCCGGCCCCCCCAUGGCCGGGGGCGCUGGGGACCCGGACUCUGCUCUGUUUCUUAAAUUUUUUGUUUGUUACAGUUUGAGAAUAAAAGUUUGUGGCUCGG